AUAACGAAAGUUCCAACGAACGAGUAUCGAUAACAUAUUAAACACGAAUCAACCGUUGUGCGUAUCGCGUGGAGGAUCUCUUUCUCGACAACGUCCAGGUUCUUUGCCUUGGUUUUAUCGUAUUCACCAGUUUUCCGGGAUAGCGCUACGAAUAGCGUCACGAAUAGCGUCACGUUUCUCGUAACCUCAAUACGUUGUUGGGACAAAGUAACCAGAGCCUCGUCGAACACAUGGCGCCAUCGGGCAUUCGAUCUUCAUUUUAUUCGUUGCAAGUCGGCUAGACCGUUUCGUGUUAGAAACUUCGAAACUUCGAAACAAGGGAAAAUUAAGGCGCGAGGGGAAGGGGUGAAGGUUUAUAUUUAAAAAUUGAAAAAACACGAUAGUAGCGAUACAUGAGUAGAAAAAUCGUGUUCAUGAGAAUACUUUUCUUCAUUUCCCCCCUCGAAUGUAUAGCGAGAAGAAAAGAUGAAAGGGAUAGCGAGAAUAAGAAAAAUUGGAACGAAGGGAGAACGAACACGAAGAGGAGAAAAAAGGCACGAUGAUGGUGAAUCAAAGUGUCGACUGGUGAAAGAGAGAAAGAGUGACACGGGAGCGAUUGAGCAGGGGGGCAGGGGGGAGGUCAAGGGGUAGAGUAGCGUCUAUGCGGUGCACGGCAGGCAAAGGGUCGAGGGGAAAGGGGGUGUGGCUGUAUCGGAGGGUGAAGUUGCGCGAUGUGGAAAGUAACGGAUAGAAGAGAGACAGGAGGAUGCGCGCAGGCGUGAAACGUACGCGGUGAACGGUCGGCAUCCGUGUGGCGCGAGUUAGAAGUUGGCUUUGCACUUUUAGUCUCGGCUCGUGUCCCUUCUCGUCCGUCCUCGUUUUCCCGAUCCGUAUAGGAGAAGAAGCGAGAAAGAGAGGAGUUGUUCCCGAAGCGGUGCGGAAACUAUUUUCUUUCUUCCUUCAGAUUCCGUCAAGCUUAACCGUCAUAUCAAAAAAAGAAAAAUAAAAGGAACAAAGCGCAAGAAAAAGAGAGAAAGGGAAAAAAGGAAAAGAAAAGAAAAGAAAAGGAAGGAAAGAAGCGCGUCGGGCGUUACGAUGAAGCGGAUGAAUUUUUUGUUCGGUGUUUACCGUCUUCGUAUGAAACGUGUUCUUUCGUAGCACCGGAAGCGCUUUCCAUUGCACCGGGCGAACAUCGCGUUCGAUGGAACGCGCCGGAACGGACGAAGAUGUCGGAGAAGAGUGUCGAAACUGGGAAAUCGACGCCAAACGACAUUCUCGAGGAAAAGAUAGGGAAAAAGAAAAGCACUGCGCAACGUCGAUGGCAAAUCCUUGCCAAGGCGUUGAUCGGCCCUCAGGAAUCGAUCUCUAUAGACGCGGAGGAUGAGAUCUCGGUUCGUCGUUUCACCAGUUUCGAUCUGUUGAGAGUCGGUCGAAUAGAGAGCAUUACUGUGGAUCAAGAUUGCGCCGCUUGGUGCGAAUAUUCUACCGUUUUAGAAAAUAAACUGUUCACGGUGGAAAUUCGACGAAUAAAGAAGAAUUUCACGGCAAACGAAUUGAUCGGUUUCAACAAUACCGGAAACAUCUGUGUCUGGCCGUCGGAAGAAUGUUUGGCUUACUAUCUACUGAAAAACCGGCAGCUGUGUCGAAACAGAAGAGUCCUUGAACUCGGCGGCGGUAUGAGUUGUUUAGCAGGGCUGAUCGUCGCCAAGUACUGCAACCCGAAGGAAAUCGCGCUGACAGAUGGCAACGUGACCAGCGUGAACAACGUACGACGAAUCAUAGCUAAGAACGGCAUGGCCGAUUUCGUAGAGUGUGGCGUCGUUCAGUGGGCCAAAGCGGCCAGGGCGAUCAGGGCAGCCAGAUCGGUCAGGGCGUUCGUACACCCGCACCCCAACGGUCUUCGAGUCAAGAACUGGACUGGUGGCGCCAAGGAUGUUGCAAAAUUUACGGAAAGACUGUACGACGUGAUCCUGUGCGCGGACUGUUUGUUCUUCGACGAGGCUCGGUCAGACUUGGUGGAAACGAUCUACGGGUUGCUGGCCAACGACGGCCUCGCUUUGGUGAUGGCACCUAAACGAGGCUCGACUUUUGAAAAGUUCAGCGAAGCAGCGGUAAAGCGAGGUUUCGUCGCGCGACAAAUGGACCGUUACGACGGAAUGAUUUGGUCGAGGCAUCUAGAAUUGUUGGAGCACAGCCAGGGGUAUUGUCCAGACCUCCAUUAUCCGAUUCUUCUGGAACUGAGCAAGCAAAAGAAAACGUCACCCGGAUGAUCGGUGUCGAUGGUUAAGCACGCGGACAACGAUCGCGACCCAGAUCCAGACGAGAGUUCCGCCCUCUGGCCCAUUUUUACUCCAUUCCGGGCCAUUCCCUUCUUCCAUUCCGUUUAUCAACCGACCAGCUUAUUUUUUCCUUCAUCGCCUUGCCCCUUUUCCCCCUUUUCCCCCUUUUCCUUUCUUUCUUCUUUUCGCUUCCUGCGCAUUUUUUCUUCGCUUCGAUUCGAUAUAUCGUGUAUCGAAUAUAUAUAGGGCGCACGUGUAUACGCGUAUGUAAUCGCGAGUACAACGGAGUUAUCGAAUCGUACGGAAAUUGAUAUUCGCGAUUAAAGAUGGCUUACUCGUUGCACGAUACGCGUGGCCCGGACGAGUUGUAAACGAUAGUAUUUCAAGUACCUGACAUUAGACUGAUAAAGAUAAAAAAAUGGUAAUCGCGAUCCUCGCAAUUACAGUUUCGAUGGUUUACCGUUUACAGGAAUAAGGACUGGCAUUGAUCGAUAGGUGGCAAUUAUCGACAUUUGCCAGCUUAGCACGGAUCGUACCGAUUGUUUCGUUUACAGAGAAACGUUAUAAAAACGUUUUCAUGUGAUUCCCGUUUCGUUCGCCUCUCGUUAAGAUCUUUCCAAAUGAAUCUUUCUCGAAAGAUUGGUGCUAACCCAACUAUCGCGACCUUAUGCCACUUACGUCCGCCGAUCUCUGUCGUUUUACUCAUUUUCGAACACUUUUUAGCCAUGUACUUAUAAGUGAUACAAUUGAGGGUCCAAAAUAUAUGGGACGGAAAAGAUCGAUAGCGUACGAUUUUUGUACAAGGUAACCAUGUAUCGUUGCGCGUUUCAGCAAUCAUUUUCGAUUCAAAACGAAUAAAGGAACUUUUAAAUUGAUCCGAUAAAGCGAUACGUGUCGCGAUAAACACUAGUCCAAAGCGCAUGAAUAUUUAUUCGUUUAUUCACUUACCUAGUUGUUGUUUUUGUUUAUCGAUUUGCAUAUUUUCUUGCUUCUUUCUUUCUUUCUUUACAUAUUUCUUUGUUUAUUUAUUUGAUGGUUUUUUUGUUUUUGUUCACGUAAUUAGAAUUCACAUUACGUUGAUUCAACGAGGAGCGUACUUUUAGGGCGGUCAGUACCUUUAUUAAUAGAAAAUAGGUUGAUUACCCAAGAUUACUCCGUCGAUCUAUGAUAUUCUCGUACUUUUGUACGUUCUUUUUUUCUUUUCUCCUUUUAUCUUCAGUUUCCUUUUUCUUUUCCUUUUUUCUACCUUUUUCGACCCCACAGGUUAUGGCGCAGAUCGAAUAACUACCUUAAAAGACCAAUCUAUCAUAGUACAGCCUAGUCAAAGCUACCAAACUUCCAUUAUCGUGUAUUACCUACCUGUACUUUUACAAAAACGAUAACAUGUAUUUGUACGUGCACGCAUCUGUGAGCAUAGAUAUAUACGUGCGUACCAGAUUGUAAAGAAAUAUUAUAAAUAAAAUAUUUUCACUUAACAACCUCUCAGCGUGACGUCUCGUAAUCGAUCGAGCUACAAACAGGUCUGACACUGAUCUACGCAAUUUUAGUUUGUCCAUUUUUCAUCGGAUAACGCGUCGUUCCACGGAGUAUGUACUUACAUAUGUAUUUCUGUGUACUUACAUACCUACAUACGCUACUUUCUCAUCGACUUUAUGAGAAAGUAUCAUUACGCGUUUCAUAUUUUAUUCAAUUACG